AUGAUAUUGCUGGAAAUCAAUAAUCGCAUCAUCGAGGAAACGCUCCUGGUUAAAUACCGCAAUGCACUAGCUGGCAAAUUAUAUUCGGUUUAUUUUGCAGUGCUAUUCCCUCGACAUACCAACAAGGAGACGCGGGAUAAUACUAUCAAUUUAAUACACAUGUUCCGAGACUAUUUGCAUUAUCACAUUAAGUGUUCAAAGGCGUAUAUUCAUUCCCGCAUGCGCGCAAAAACGUCAGACUUCCUUAAGGUGCUAAACCGUGCAAGGCCCGAAUCGAAGACUACGGAAAAGAAGACUAUAACGGGGAGAACAUUCAUACGCAAAGAAUGAUGCGCUCAGUAUAAUUAGUUGUUUUUAUAUAAAAAUAUGAAAAUAAAAAAAGUGUACUAAAAAAAAAAAACAAAAAGAAUUGAGAAAAACAACUGAAUUUUGGCAAAUGAAAGCAAAUGUUUCCAAAACUAAAUGGUGAAAACAAACCCAAACAGUAAACAGAAAUUAAAAGAAAGUAUUCCAAGAGAGCUAACUCUAAGCCGGAGCAAGUUAAUGAACAAUAAAACAAAAUAACAAUAUAAUAGUUAUGCGUUAAAUAAUUUAAAUUGUGUGUAUUUGUCGAGUCAGUAAGUGGUACAGAAUCAAGUGUGAGUUAAUUUGUUACAGUCAUCGCUGAAAGUCAGCGUACAUACAUACAUUAUGUAUAUCAAACACUAAACAAUUGUCAAACAGUAACAUUUUUAUAACUAAUUGCCUAAUAAAUGUAAGUGAAAGAGUCAAGUCGCAAACAAAAGCAAAAAUCAAUCUGUUAAUGUCGCAAUUGUCGUAAUGCUGCCCAAAAUCAGACAACCCCACUAGCCUGUAUAUGUAGAGAAUUAA